AGUCUCUGUUUCAGCUAGAGUCUUUAAUCAUUCGUCAUCCCAACAAGUGACCUUUUUCGAGUGUGUUAAGUAUUUUGUGCAGGAAAAUCCGAGUUUGUCAAUCUGGUAAACGGACCUACGAAUCUCCGAUGAGCGGCUUUGCUUCACAGAUUCCAUCUAUGGCGCUUCUCGGAUCCGGCUUCACCAGCGAGGUUGGGUUACGAGUAUUGCUUUCUCCACUUGGUUCCAAUAUCGUACUUCGUACAGCAUGCUGUUCGAUUGGCAUCGGGUUGCCUGUGUACUCCACUUUCAAGGCGAUUGAGAGUAGAGAUGAGAAUGAACAACAAAAAUGGCUUAUUUACUGGGCAGCUUAUGGUUCUUUCAGCCUUGUUGAAGUUUUCACGGACAAGCUCAUUUCUUGGUUCCCGCUGUAUUAUCAUGUGAAGUUUGCGUUCCUCGUCUGGCUUCAACUCCCAACCAUCGAGGGAGCAAAACAAAUAUAUAGCAACCACCUGCGCCCUUUCCUAAUACGACACCAAGCUAGUGUGGAUCGACUCGUGGAUGGAGCAUAUGAAGAAAUGGUCAAGGUCGUUAGAUCACACCAAGGAGAAAUACGGUUUGUGCGAUCAAUGAUUAUCAAAAUCUUGGGAUCAGUGAAUCAAGUUGCACCACCGCCAAGCCAACGCCAAGGAGAAAUCACAGACAUUAGCCCCGAACCAGAACUAUCAACGGCAACAAACCAAGAUUCAGAAUCUGAAUCCGAUCUUGAAGACUAAAUAAAACAAGUGUAGUCAUAGCUUUGCAGCUUUUACAGCCUUAUGUGGAAUCUCUAUUACACAAAAAUGUCAAACGAUUGUAUAGUCAUGUGAUCUCAAAUAACUUUAGACUGGUUUACAAAUAAGUUUUUAUCCGGUGUUGAAAAAUCCCCAAUAAUCCGUUAUAAAGUUCCCAUGUUUCCUAACU